CGGUCCUGACGGACUCUCUCGUGCUCUCUCUGCCUGUCUCCCUUAGCAGAAGAAGAGAAGGAAGAAGAAGGGACGACGAUAUGGCGACAGCUCCAUGUAUACCCUCCAUUUCUUCACCUGCUUUUCGCAAACCAACAACCUCCGUCGAACCCAUCAAUCCGCUUUCUCAUCUUCCCAAAACGCUAAAACCGACGAAUCCUUUUCGCAGCAAGCUCGUCUCGCUUUCCAUCGCUAGAAAGACUCGGGGGAGUUCUUUUCGAGUGAGGGCAGUGGCAGCCCCUGCAGAAUCUGUUGCAGUGUUCGAUGAGAUGGUUUCGGGGACUCAGCGCAAGUAUUACCUGCUUGGUGGGAAAGGAGGUGUUGGUAAGACGAGCUGUGCUGCGUCACUUGCUGUGAAGUUUGCUAACAAUGGACACCCCACUCUUGUGGUGUCAACUGAUCCAGCCCACUCUUUGAGUGAUUCGUUCGCGCAGGAUUUAACAGGGGGUGUGCUAGCACGUGUUGAAGGACCUGAUUAUCCACUGUUUGCUCUCGAGAUAAAUCCCGAAAAAGCUAGGGAAGAGUUCCGUAGUGCAAGUCAGAAAAAUGGUGGAACUGGGGUUAAAGAUUUCAUGGAUGGAAUGGGCCUCGGAAUGCUUGUAGAACAGCUUGGUGAGCUUAAGCUGGGAGAGCUGCUUGAUACACCACCACCUGGACUGGAUGAAGCAAUUGCAAUUUCGAAGGUGAUACAAUUCCUUGAAUCACCAGAAUAUAGCAUGUUUACGAGAAUCAUAUUUGAUACUGCACCCACGGGUCAUACUCUGCGGCUGCUGUCUUUGCCUGACUUUCUGGAUGCAUCAAUAGGCAAGAUAUUGAAGCUCAAGCAAAAAAUUUCAUCAGCUACCUCUGCCAUCAAAUCUGUUUUUGGCCAAGAAGAAAAUAAGCCGCAGGAUGCUGCGAACAAGUUGGAGCUUCUAAGGGAAAGAAUGGUGAAAGUGCGUGAGCUUUUCCGUGACACGGAUUCGACAGAAUUUGUCAUAGUGACAAUACCAACGGUGAUGGCAAUUAGCGAGUCUUCCCGGUUGCAUUCAUCUCUGAAGAAAGAAAAUGUUCCGGUCAAGAGGCUGAUUGUUAAUCAGAUUCUUCCUCCAUCUGCCUCGGAUUGCAAGUUUUGCUCGAUGAAAAGGAAGGAUCAGAUGCGAGCUCUUGAUAUGAUCCAAAAUGAUCCAGAACUCUCUGGCUUGAAUCUAAUUCAGGCACCUCUUGUUGAUGUAGAGAUAAGAGGUGUUCCGGCUCUUAAAUUUAUGGGUGACAUCAUCUGGAAAUGACUAUGAGAUUUCCACAUUCAGAUUCAGAUUCCAUGUCAUGCCGCAAGCCCCAACUCUUGAAAGACUUCUGGAGUCGUUUUGGUUACAGGCCUACUUUUGCCUUAGCGGUUCAGUUUUCUUGGUCCAAAUGACUGAAACUUCAUAACCAAUUGGCAUGAUCAUACGUUGGAGCCCUUUCUUAUAGUAAGUUCGAGCUUCACAAGGCAUAUUCUCGGGGAUUGCGCAACAAGGAUUUCUCUUGUUGUUUAUUGGCCUUCGAUAUACAAUGAAUGACCCAAGUAGUUCAUUUGUUUUAUUGGACUGGUUGGUUUUUGUACCCAAAAAGGACAAGGGAAGAGUACACCACUGUACAGGAAACACUUCAAAUGCCAUCACUGAUAGAAAUUUCAUGCUGCGAAUGCAUGAAUAUUUGCUGGUGGAAUUUGUACUUCAACGUGCAGAAAUAUGAACUGUGAAAUAGAAAAGGGAAAAAUUAAAAAAGAACAGCUAACUCUGCUUUACACUGCCAA